GCUCUGAGAGCAGGUGCUGCUCGUUCCCGGGCGGUUCCCUGCGCUGCCGCCCUCCCGCCAGCAGGGGGCGCCGGUCUGCCCCGCACAGCGCCCGCUCUGUCCGGAAGUCCCGCCCCGACCGGAAGUCGGCGUAGGAGCAGCGGGGGAAAAUGGCGGUGUCCGCGAGCGCUGGAGCGGCGCGCCGGCUCGGCCGCCGGGGGCCGGGACCCCACAGGCAGCACGGGCGCGGGGUACGCCGCGGGCCGGGCGGUGGCACCGAGGGGGCCCUGAAGCGGCUAAAGCUCGCGGUGGAGGAGUUCGUGCAGGCGAGCUCCGAGGGUGAGAUCCCCGGCGGCGCCGCGGGGCCCCCGACGGGCGGGCGCGUGCGGCCGGGCGGGAGGAAAAGCCGCAGGGAGCUGAGGAAGGAGAAGCGGCACCUGAGGAAGGCGCGCCGGCUGCGGAGGACUGCGGGGCUCGCGCAGGGCCCGCGUGCGGGCGGUGGCGGCGGAGCCGGGGGAACGAGCGGCCCCCGGGCGGCGGGGGCGGGCGGGCGGCGGUCUCCUUGUCGGGCCCCGCCGCCGCCGUCGGAGGGGCUGCGACCUCCCCAGGCCAAGGGCGCCCGGGCCCGCCCCGAGCCCAGAGGUCCCCCCGGAACCCCCAGGCCCUCUGCAGCCGCCGCUGCCGCUCGAAAACGGGCACUUUUGGCGGCCAACGAGGAGGAGGACCGGGAGAUCCGGAAGCUGGAGCGGCGCCUCGGCUUGAACAAGCGCAAGAGGAAGGGCGGCGGGAGCUCCGUGCCGCUCAGCUUCGCCCGGGAUGGGCUCGACUACCUCCUGGGGGCCCUGGAGCCCGGACACAACGGCGGCUGGUGCGAAGGCGGCCGUGCGGAGGACGAGGACGAGGAGGAGGACGCUGGACAGACGCUGCCCGACAGCGGCACCGACAGCGGCACCGAGGGUGAAGGGCCGCACGAGGGUGAGGAAGAAGAGGGCCGGCCGGGAGCAGAAACCGGAGCAGAGACCGAGGAAGCGGACGUAGACGACGACGACGACGGGCAACAAGCCCCGCAAGGGCGAGCCGCGGGCGGAAGGAGCGAAAGGAGGGUCCGGUUCGCCGACGGAAGGAGGGAGCCUGCUCCGGAGGACUCGGACGCAGCGGACCAGCAGAGUCUCCGUGAAGACGAGGGCAAGUACAUCCCCCCUCACGUGAGGCAAGCUGAGGAAACAGCGAGUGGUCAGAAAAAGGAGAGCCUGGAGAGGCUGCAGAAACACGUCAAGGGUCUGAUCAACAGGUUGAGCGAGCCGAGCGUGGCCUCCAUCAGCGGGCAGCUGGAGGAGCUGUACAUGGCCCACAGCAGGAAGGACAUGAACGACACCCUGACCGGCGUCCUCCUGAGCGCCUGCGCGCCCGACGCCGCCAUGCCCAGCCGGCUGGUGAUGGAGCCUGUGCUGGUGCUCAGCACCCUUCACCACACGGUCGGGGUCGAGGUCGGCGCUCACUUUCUGGAGGCCGUGGUGAAGCGGUUUGACGCCAUCUACAAGAACGGAGGCAAAGGGAAGGAGUGCGAGAACCUGCUCACCAUCAUCGCCCAUUUGUAUAACUUCCACGUGGUGCACGCCUGCCUGGUUUUUGACAUUCUGAAGAAGCUUAUUGGGACUUUCACAGAAAAAGAUAUUGAACUGACCCUGUUAAUGCUGAAAACCGUGGGCUUCUCGUUGAGAAAAGAUGAUGCUCUGUCACUCAAGGAACUGAUCGUGGAGGCCCAGGCCAAAGCCAUCACGGCCAGCGGCACGUUCCAGGACCAGACCAGGGUUCGGUUUAUGCUGGAGACCAUGUUGGCGCUGAAGAACAAUGACGUGCGGAAGAUCCCGGGCUAUGACCCUGAGCCUGUGGAGAAGCUCAGGAAGUUACAGAGAGCGUUGGUGCGCAGCGCCGGCUCGGGCGCCGAAACUCAGCUCCGCAUCUCCUGGGACGGCAUCCUGAACGCCGAGCAGACCGGCCGCUGGUGGAUCGUGGGGUCUGCGUGGACUGGGGCCCCUAUGAUUGACAACAGUCAGCAGAAGGUCACAGAGAAGCCACCCUCGGGGACGGUUAGUGGGAAGAUACUAGAACUCGCCCGAAAGCAGAGAAUGAACACUGAUGUCAGAAGGAACAUAUUCUGUACAAUAAUGACAAGUGAAGAUUUCUUGGACGCGUUUGAGAAGCUUCUGAAGCUGCGGCUGAAGGACCAGCAGGAGCGGGAAAUCGUUCACGUUCUCAUGCAUUGCUGCCUUCAAGAGAAAACCUACAACCCUUUCUACGCAUUCCUGGCUGGCAAGUUCUGUGAAUACCAGAGAAGGUUCCAGAUGACUUUCCAGUUCAGCAUAUGGGAUAAAUUUCGGGACUUGGAAAAUUUGCCAGCCACUAAUUUCUCUAAUUUGGUUCACCUGGUAGCCCACUUGUUGAAGACGAAAUCACUUCCGCUUUCUAUUUUAAAGGUAGUUGAAUUCGGCGAACUGGAUAAACCCAGAGUCCACUUUUUACGAAAAGUAUUGUAUAUUGUGUUAAUGGAAACAGAAGUUGAAGACCUUGGUUCAAUUUUUUCAAGAGUGAGCGACAGCCCGAAGCUGGGCCUGCUGAGAGAAGGUCUGAAGCUCUUCAUUGGCCACUUCCUGCUGAGGGGCGCGCCAGCAAGCACGAGCGCGGAGGCAGCCGGCCAGCUGAGGGCGAGGGCCGACCUCUCCACCAAGGCCCUGCAGGGCAAGGCUUCCCUGACGAUGUAGUCCCAAAGCGGAGCGGAGUGGCGUGCUCAUUUCUCUGAAAAUGCCCUUUUUAAACCCAGAAGGCUCGUUACGCCGCUGGCCGCGUGUGCAGGUGGCAGGGCUCUGCCACGGGCUGCUGUGCUUGAGAUCUACGUUU